AUGGAUGAGAGUGCUGGAACAAGCUCUGCCAGCAGUGCUUCAACUAACAACAAUAACUUAGUUGUGGCAGUAAAUGAACAUGGACAGCUAGUUUGUGCCAAUUAUUUUAACCAAGUACCUGUUCUUUCACGCUCUCGUCCUUGCUGGGCAAGACUAAAAUAUCAGCCAACAAUUGAAAGUCUUCACGAUGAAAUUAUAGACUUAUAUAAUUGGCUAAAACCUACAGCAGAAGAGAUUUGGUCCCGUCGUCUGCUUUUUAAUAGAACAAGUGAUAUAAUUAAAGGGAUUUGGCCCGACUCUAAUGUACAAAUGUUUGGGAGUGUUGCAACAAAUUCCUUUCUCCCUUCAUCAGAUAUUGAUAUAUGUGUUAGGACUAUAAACUCAAUUCAAAUACCAGAAGACCUUCAUAAAGUAGCUGAUGUUUUAAAGGGAUUCCACUUCGAGAAUAUUCAUGUUUUGGAUAAAACUGCCUUUCCUCUUGUCAAAUGUACUGAUCAGUUGACACAACUAAAUAUUGAUAUUAAUUUUAACAUUAAUGGGCGUAUUGAUCGAACUGUUGGCUGGAUUCGAGACAAGCUAGAUUUUAUGCCUCAUUUGGAACCCUUAUUGCUUGUUUUGAAGCUUUUCCUUGCACAGCGUGGUCUUAAUAAUCCAUAUACGGGUGGAUUGCCGUCAUAUGCUCUUGUUGUUAUGUUGGUUCAUUAUUUGGAGUACAUUCGUUUAAAAAACAAAUCAGAUGUUUCUCAUAAAGAUUCCUAUAACUACAUGACUCUAAUUGGAAGGAAACCGUUAGGCCUUUUACUUCACUAUUUCUUCUUCUACUUUUAUUGUUUUGAUUAUUCUGAAAUGGGCAUAAAAGUUCGAAAUCGUGUAUCGGCUUCGUUGGUUUUGCAUAAGAAGGAAUUGAUUGAAGAACUUGGUGAAGAAAUUUUUUACUCGAGUCCAGUCUUCAUUUGCGAUCCUUGUGAAAGAGCCUUUUAUGACGCCUUUAGAACAAUUGGUACAACAUUAAACCAUUGUAAUCAACUCUCUCAUUAUAUAAAAAAUUUAUAUUGUGGUCCAUUAUUGAAGUUACUUAUCAGUGAUGAACUUCUAAGUGGGCGAAAACGCAAUAUUUACAGGUUGCGAGAAUUGCUUUUUGGUUCUUGCCACGGUCAUCAAAAUUCUAUUUUGUCAUUAGAUAGCAAUAAAGAAGACAUAGUUGAAACAACUAAACAUGAAGAAAAGAAGGAGAAACAAGAUUGACAAUGCUCAAUUUUGCUGAAAAUAUUUAAAUGUGGGCGACAAAUACUUAAAAAUCAUGUGCUAAAUCCCGUAUAGGAAUAAUCCCAUAACACUAUCUUUUUUGUUUUAUUCUGUAUCUCAAGAUCAUAUAUCCUCCUUUAACUUUUCCAAUUUUUGUUUUCAGGUGUCAUUGCCACAUAUUUAUAGUUUAGUUAGUUUUAGGUUAUCAGAAUAUUUUUCUGUUACCAUUUAUAUCUCC